UCCCAAAUCAGUCUCUCCUCGGUCUCUCUCCCCCCUGCGCCGCCACCCCCACCGCCACGGCGCCUGCCGGUGAACCCCUCCGUUGGCGACCAUCGCGCUCGCCACCACCCUCCCCACCGCUCGGCUCCUCCUGCGCGGGCGCAUGGCCUCCUCCGCUUCCGUUGCGGUCCUCACCGCACCCCCCUUUCCCACUUGCCCCUCCUCCGACGACUCUGACGACGCCAAGCCCCUCCCGCCUCCACCCGCGUCGGGAGAAACCCGCCCUCCUCCGCAGCAUCAGCAGAGGCCGCGGUGGUGGCAGCUGGAGCGCGACUGCAACGUGGCCAUGAAGGCCCUGGCGCGUGCGGGCGAAGUCGACCAGGUGCUCGCCCUCUUCACCGAGCUCAGGGCUUCCAGAACCGGCCCGGGUGGUGCCUGGCCGCCCAGUGUGCUCUGCUACAACACUCUCGUCAACGCGCUCGCACAAGCUGGCCGCGUGGAGGAGGCACACGACGCGUUCGACGAAAUGCUUGCAGCAGGGGUGGCGCCCAAUGCAUCGUCCCUCAACAUCCUUGUCAAGCUGCAUUCGUGGAGAUCUGCGCGGUUUGACCUCGCGUACGAGGUGAUCAUCCGGUUGCAAGAGCUCGGGGUGGAAGCUGACGUGGGCACUUACUCCACGCUUGUCACGGGGCUGUGCCGUGUGGGGAGAGUGGGCGAGGCAUGGGGCGUGCUCGAGUGGAUGCUGGAAGUGGGGUGCCGUCCCAUGGUGCAAACUUAUACGCCCAUUGUACAGGGGUAUUGCCGUGAAGGUCGUGUCGACGAGGCCAAGGAGCUGAUGUCCACGAUGGAAAAUACUGGUUGUCCUCCCAAUGUAGUCACCUACAAUGUUCUGAUCAGGGCUUUGUGUGAUGCUGCCAGAUUUGACGAAGUCAGGCAGGUUUUAAUGGAUAGUAGAACCAAGGAUUGGAAACCCAGUACUGUCACCUACAACACAUUUAUGAAUGGUCUCUGCAAGAAAGGUAUGGCUAAGGAAGCACUUGAGCAGUUGGAUGUUAUGCUCGGCGAAGGGCUGGAUCCCACAGAUUUCACUUUGAGUAUUCUUCUGAAUUGCCUUUGCCAUGACAAGAGGAUUCAUGAUGCCGUAUGCUUGCUGGAGAGGAGCACAUCAUUGAAAUGCUAUGCUGGUGUUGUUGCAUACAACACUGUGAUGAGCAGGUUAGGUGAAAUGGGACAUUGGAUGGGUGUUCUAAAGUUGUUAACAGACAUGAUCAAGAGAGGUGUCAUGCCAAACACGAGGACGUUCAACAUUGUCAUUCGUAGUCUUUGCUUUCGCCGAAAGUUCUCCAUAGCCAAGAGCCUCGCAAGUAACCAAGGUUUUGCUGCAAAUGUCGUGACAUACAACACACUCAUUUAUUUUGUUUUUUACUACAGUCGAAAGCUCAGUGAGGUGAAGGACCUAAUAUUUGACAUGACAGCAGAGAGGAUUGCUCCAGAUGAAGUUACCUACACUAUAAUCGUUGAUGGAUUAUGCAGAGAUGGAUUUUUUGAUACAGCCACUAGUUACUUUCUAGAAUCGCUUGAGAUUGGACUGUCAAGGGAUCUUUUUGCUGUCCUUACAAACAGGCUUGCUCACAAUGGCAAAAUCUGGGAGACUAUUCACAUAUUCAAGGGAAUGGAAGAAAAAGGUUUAAUCCCUGACAAUUCUAUAUUUGACCUCACAAUCAGAAUAUUCUGUAGGGCUGGUUAUUGUCACGACACAGAUAUGUUUAAGCUUAACUUUAUUCUGGAUACGAUGUUGGGAAAGCAGUGAACUGAACCCUUGUGUAUCUAGGGAAGCCGGCAACAAUUGAAGACAUGAAUGAAGAGUCGACAUUACUAAAGAUACUGACACAUGUUGUGUCUGGCUUUUAUAACACUCUGUACAUGGUACGAAGAUGGCCACAUGCCUGUUCAUGUUAACAUAUUCCACACUGCCACUCGACAGAUGAAGUCUAACUGGUGAGUUCUGGAAAGAUUGCCAGACUUAGUUGACAACAUAGAAAGAUUUUUGUAGUGGGUACUGAAGUGAAAUUACAUUGAUUUACAUAAAUGGUGUUACUUUUGUAUCUGGUGUUGUAAAGUAGUAGUAAGAUCUAGCAAGAAAUAUUUAUAGCUGAUAUCAUAAUUCUCUUGGACA